AUGAAAAUAGUUUUUGCCUUCCCGGCGACUGAAGGGAGUCAGGCUCACAUUACUGCUGUAAUUCAAGCCGAAAGGCUUGAAUUACAUCCACUUUCAUUGCAUAAUCCACAUUUGCGAAUUUUGUUAACAUUAUUUUCUAAAGGUCCUUUGAAUCUUGCAGUAUCCGGUGGUCUUCCUUUUGGACGCCUACUUUCACUAUCAAGAAUAUUUUCGAUAAAAUCGUUAGGAAAAUUUUCAUUAUCUGAAAUCUGA